AUGCCUUACAAAAUUAAAGAAAUCAAGGACUUAGUGCUGAUAGCCAGGCAAAAGGAUGCCAAAUCUGUCAAGAUCAAGAAAAAUGAGGAUAAUGUGAAGUUUAAAAUUGGAUGCAACAGAUAUCUUUAUUCCAUGGUCAUCACAGUUAUAGAAAAGUCAGAGAAAUUGAUGCAGUCCCUGUCCCCUAGUUUGGCAGUGAAGGAACUGAAAUGAACCAGACAUACUUACUUGAAUUGUAUUAAAAUGUUUAAAACUUAAAAAAAUAAAAUUGUAGCCUAGCUGGUGUGGCUCAGUCGACCAGUGAACUAGGAGGUCACGGUUUGA